AUGCAAAACGAACAUCAGGUAUUGCCACCAGUUAUUACUCUUAUAUGAUUGGUCGUGCAAUGUGGUGCGAGUGUCAUGUCUAUUUUUCUAUUUUUACCAGUAAACAUCUCUCAAGACAUCGGGGUAGAGUGGUCUCAUGAAAAUCACGCCGUCUCAAGUUCAUGUCGAUUUUCACAAUUUUAAGGUUAUCACAUUCAGCUUUUUGUGUUGUUAUUCUGCCUGCUUUACAUAUUUCCAUUUAUGUAUUUUACUUUUUUUUAUUUCUUAACUUGCUUUCUCCUUGAAUGUUUGGUUUGGAUCAAUUUUUCAUGGAAAUGAACAACUGGUUUUCAUCAUGAUCUGGUUUUAUUUUGAGAAGUGUAUUAGUCAAAGCUACGUAUCUUUUUUCUGAAUGGUUUGAUUAAUUUAUAAAUCCUACUUUUAAGAACGAAGACUUUGACACAUAUUCAUGAAUUUUAAAAACAGUGUUGUAUUUAUUACUAAUUUAUUAGUCAAGGCUCAGCCGCCAGAUUCAUGAAGGUCGCUCGAGUCUUAUGACGCCUCAGGCCAUCUUCACUUGCCGAACUUGUGAAAAUAUGUCGUGCUCUGUACAGUUUUGUUACCUUUGUUACACAAGUAAAGGUAAUUUUUGCAACUGUUUUUGAGGGCAAAAAACAUAUUUCUGAAACAAAGUUCUCAUCGGAAUGAAAAAUCACAGCAGCUGAGUUGGUAUGUCAUGGAUAUGUAUAGGCCUUCCCUGUCUACUCAGUCUAUCUACUUGGAGCUUGUGAUAGUUUUUACGCAUCAGUGACCUCCCUGGCCGCCUAGAAAUAUUCUUUUCAAGAUAGCCCAACAUGGAAUGUAUUGUUUCAUCAUUUACUUAGCCGGUGUGGCGAUUUCUCGAUUUGGCAGCGACGACAAAAUACCAGCAGACGAUUUUAAUAAAAACAGAGUUUGCGCCGUUCUACCCGGGUGAAGUCACAUUUCGCCUUCUCCCCUCCCCUCGUCCCUUAACUGUUAGCAGUUGUCAACGCAACAGCGCCAUUUCAAAACAUGUCUUUCCAUGGCGCUCUUUGAUGUAACUCCAGUGUUAGAAGGUGCAACAAGUCUUCAAGGAAAACUAGAAGAUGCCAUUGCAAAAUCUAAACUUCUUCUUGAAGCUGUUGAAGGUUCUCAAUCAAAGUACACUAAGUUGAGUGACGAAUAUCCUGUGCUUCGAAGUCUGAAGGGUAGACUAGCUGCAUCACAGGGGCCAAACGAAGCUUUAUCUACAGAACUCGUCAAAUUCAAAUUAGACCUUGAAUCUUUUGUGGAAGAUGUAUUUAACGCACACGAUCAAGUAAGGAAGGAUUUUCAACUUUGGGCAAACGAGCUUGAAAGAGAUAAUGCAAAACUACGCCGUGAAAGAAUGGACUUGGCGAACGAACGAAGAAAGCUUGAAGUUGAUCGCAGAGAUUUUGAUGCUAGGUGCCCGGCAGCAGCAAAGGAAGAACAACAAAUCACUGAAGCGCGAACGGUUACCAGUACCGACGACACAGACGAGAAAUUAGUUAUUGCUGUAAAUAACAACACAGAACAUCAUGAGGAAAAUGAACAAACUAAAUCUGAAUCACCUUUUGGUAAGUUGAUACCUCGUUGUCGAUGCAAUUCUUUAUCACAGUUAUUAAAACUCCCAUUUUUGAUUGAUAAUUUGAACAGCUGUUAUCCAAAGCGGUUAUUUUGCAAAAAACCUUCUCGGAAAAUGUUUCAUUUUACAAUUGUUUUUUAAAUGAAAUUAUUUUAUUGAAAAAAUGUCCUUUUGUAAGACCGAAAUCUUAAAUAUCAUAUGAAAUCAUAUAAGCAAUGGAACUUUUGCUCUUAAAUCUUAACCCUUCAACUCACAGAAGUGACAAAGAUGUCACUUUCUCCUACAUUAUCUAUAUGUUAUCUAGGAAACAGGUGAUGAGAAUACUCAACGUUAUCUGGUAGACGUGUUUGUCUUUAUUCAGCACUAAAUUUUCAGAUCAAAUUAAAAAGAAAAAGUGCAACAGCUAGUGGGGAGAAUUAACAAUCCAUCACGGGCUGAGGACUUAUGAUGCAGUAGCUUUUUGAAUGCAAGGAGGACUCCAUUGCUCCUUACACCUGGGAAGGAAGAAAUUUUUAUAGCAAGUUGCGUCUGACUAAGUUCAUAUCAGUUAACUUUGUUGGAUUGGUAUUUAAAUCUUUUAUCUCUGUUCCUAUUUUAUUUGUUUUAGCAACAUGUCAUGUUGAAUGCCAGACAGAAGCUGAGGUGAAUUCAGUAGAGGAGCCUGGUGGAGAAGACAUCCAAACUGCUGAGGUGAGAUUAUGCAGCUGUGGCACAAAUAAUGUUUUUCCUCUUUUUCAUGUAUUUUUCUUAUCCAAAUUGCAAUUAUGUUUUAAAAUAGAAUGAAUAUGAUGAUGAAGUAGUCUUGUUUUUGUACUGAAUUUGUUUUGGCAGACCAUCCCAGGAAAGGAUGAAGAAGAGAAACUGGAAAUGGAAAAUCAUCAGUUGUUGCAAUGCAGGUCUCAAAUACACACAGCAUCCAUUGGUAGAAAUCAGCGCAUUCUUACUGCUCCAGUGUCCAGAGCAAAAGCUCUGCUUCUUAAAAAACAGGAUCAUGCAUUAAGGAUACACAAGGUGAAAUUAAGGUUUUAGUUUCAUUAAGCACUGAGUAGGUUUUCCUUUGGCACAAUUCACAGCCUGAUCUUCAUCAAUUUCCAUCAUUUCAAGUUCUCAGAGCUCAGGUUUUCCAACUUUAGUUUUCAUCAGUUCAUCUGACAGGGUCAGUUUAAGAGUGUUACUUGUUUUAUGGUGAUAUAGCUAUUAUUAGCAUGACUGGGAAGAGGUAAAACAAGUGGCCUUUCCAUAAAAUUAUUAUACCAUGACAAGCAACCUGAUUGUUUCAGAUGCUACUUGAUGAUAUCUAUAAGACGAAAGAAGAAAACCAACUUCUCAAGGCUGAGAACUCUAUACUGUCAAAGAGAGCAAAUGAAGCCACCUCUGAGUUAUUUCGCCUAAAGGUGAUAAAUUUAUUUACCUGUGGGUGUUACAUUAUUUUGCCAUUACCUGAAAUUGUCAAUUUGAUUCACAGAGUUAGUAGUGAUAGUAGUUCACCUGCACAAGCACUAAUGUCAAUGCAGUAUAGUAUCUGCAUGUCACCCAGAUGAGCAGUAAUUGUUCAUUUUUGAUAUUAACAAUUGCUCCAAGUUUCUCACAUCUUUUGAUGAAAUAAUGAUCAUGGAACUUUGUGAAAAAGAAACCCAAUUUAGAGGCAAAAGUGAAUUUACUUAAAACACUCUACAUGCCCUGACCUUGCUUGCAGCAAUAACACAAAAUUUUGAUGAAAAGAAGCAAAGGACAGCAGUAAGAAGAGUCACUCCAAUGGUAAAAUCUCCCAACCUAUUUUUGUGAUUAAGGUGGAUCAGGGUUUUUAAGGUGUUGCUUCUUGUUGACAUAUUGGGAUAUUUUAAGUUUAACUGAUGGUAACUCAUUUUUCUGCAGAACAAAAUGACAGUAAACAUGUCUGAUAGGGAUGAGCUGUACAAGAAAUUGCAGAAAUCAAAGGAGCAGGUAUCAUUUCUGUGUGGGAGGGUGGGAGGAAUAAUUUAUUAUAUUCAUAAUUUCUAUAUUUACAGUGAGGUUACUAAACUUGUAUGUCACAGUGGAACUCAGAAACCUCAUAUUAGUUAGUCUCUUGCAUGGUCUUUUCUUAAGCCUUAUUCCUCCUUGGUUAUCUGUCUCUUUCUCUCUCUUUAUUUAUUUUUUUUUCUACUAUUAAUUCAGCAGUUUUUCUUUACUUUGAGUAAUUAAAAAUAAAACAUUCGCAAAUUUUUUUAGUUUUUUUUUGCCAACCAGCCAUGUUCACUGUUAACUGUAAAAAGCUGAGGUCCUGUGUAAAUGUCAUAGCCUGUGAGAUGAAAUCUUUUUUGUCAAAUUUAGCUUGUAUCAUUUUGUAUCAUUAUUAGAUCCUAAAACUUGAACAAACACUGAAAAGACAAGCUCUUGGUCUGGUAUCCAAUUUAAAGGAACAAAGACAACUAAAAGAGGAAAUGAGGUGGAGCCAGGUAAGUUGGUGAAACCCAAAAGUCUGCAUGUAAUCUGAGGCCACACAUGAAGGUAACAAAGAGGAAGGGAUGUGGGGAGGAACCAGGCUGGAACAAGAGAGGUGGAAUGAUUGAAGGGGUAGGUUGAAAGUGGAUAUGGAUGCAUGGUGGACAGAGCAAAUGAAUGGAGGGAUAGGGAAGGGAGAGGAUGCGCACAAAGAAGUGGGAUAAGGUGAGGAGAUGAGUAUCUAGAAAAGGAGGCUGAGGAUUGGACACCAUUAGAAGAGUAGGUUAAGUUUAAACAGAGAGGAAGGAACACAAAUAGAGUAGCUGGAUGGGAAGGAGACAUGAAAGUGGCACCAGGGUAAGGGUCAUUAGGCAUAAAUGUUUCUAUGCUUGUGUAUAAAAUAGGUGCUAAUCAUUUGUCUUUGUUUGUUGUAGAUCUUUGCUCUUCCUCUUAACCAACAUUCCAGUCAAACCAGAAGGAUUCCACGAGAAAGACCAUCUACUAGGGGGCGCUAAAUGUUUUGUCAGACCAUAUGACUAAUAUGUAAAACUGGGGAAAUUUUCAACAUUCCUAGCUUGUUCUCAGUCAUUGGAGAAAUUUAUCCAUUGCUUGACAUGUACAGAGAAAGUGAACUGAUACCAAGAUAAUGCAUAAUUUACAACUGAGUUGAAAACCAUUCCCUGUUCAAUACUUCUUAAAAAUAUUUAUGUUAAACAACCUUUUGAAAAUGAUAUAAAGCAGUCUAAAUUUCAAAUUGUUCUUGAAAUUAUUUAUCUGAUUAAUUGUUAAAAAAAGAAAAGAAGGUUCAGAAAAGUUAAACUUGAAAUACUACAGACGAGGAGCUGAUGCUUGAAAUUUCAGCUUUUAAACUCUUUACAGUGGCUGAUUUAAGUUAUCAGCUCAGUUGAUAAUACUUAAUUACCCAGUUAUACUCUCCCCCCUGACACAACACCACAGUUUCCUUAGAAGCUUAGCCCCUUAAUUCAUUUUUUGAAAGCUUCCUUACAAGAAAUGGAUACAUUUUAAUUGUAGUAUAUUUAUAUACAUUCAUUGGUUUAUUUAUUCAGAGAUGCAAUAUUAAUUAAAACUAAUUUAGGCUCCUUUUACUAAAGUGUGAAUUAUUUAUCAAGAUCCCAUGUAUUCUCCUGAGGACCUAUCUGCUUCUCAUCUUGAG